AUGUCUGGGAACAAAUAUCUCAUGUUUAAUCUAGCGGCAGUUGCUACAGCGGCCCCCUUCCUUGCCAAGCAUCAGUCUGUGGGUGGUAAAGUGUCUAUAACCAUUGCUACUACCAACGAUGUCUAUUCAAUGUAUGCUCGUCCAAUGUCUGGGAAUGGUUAUUACUUUGAGGGUACUCCUUCUGAGCAGUUUUAUUCGAUCUUUGAGAAGGAUGCUGACACUUGUUAUGGUACGGCGGGUGCGAUGGGCAUGCCCGAAGCUUCUGUUGAUAAGCUUCAUAAUAUCGAUCUAUCGGCCACCGGUGGUAAGGUGAUGACCAAGGAGGACAGUGGUUGUGUGGAUCCUUCUAAGUUCGAUGACAUGGUUCGUGAUCCUUCAUCUGCGUGGGGUAAUACGGCCCAAAUGGCAGGCACCUAUAAGUACCUUGGUCUGACUGCCGAUACUGAUGAGUAUAUCAGCAUGCUCCCCGGUGAUUUCGUUGCUAUGUCUUACCUCUCCUCCAUCACGUAUGGUCAGCAUAUGGUAGAUAUAAUGAACGCUGGUGAGGUUGACUUGGUGGCAUUUGGGAAUCAUGAAUUCCAGUUCAAGAAUAAGUGCCCUCCUGCAGACCUCGGUAACCAUCCCGAGUAUAACGAUGUGUGUGUUGCAUGGAAUAUGGCCACUGGCAACUUCCUCUAUCUCAGCAAUAACGUCUUUGAGGAUGCUAAGAAGACCAAGCUAUUCGGUUCUACUCUGAAGGUCCCUGAUGAGAUCUCAUUUGUCAAUGCCGCUGUGCCAAAGAACAAGAAGGUUUUCAAUGAGGAGACCAGCUACUACGCUCCCUCUGGUGACUACUGGUUCAAAAUGGUCAAAGGCAAGAAGGUUUGCUUCACCGGCACCACUGAGACUUCGGCCGCUAGUGAUAUUGCGGGGAAGAGUAACGUGUGGUUUUCCGAUAUGAUGGAGUCCGCAGUCGAGGCUGCUCGCAAGAUGAAUGAGGAUGGUUGCAACUUGGUUAUCAUCCUCACUCAUCAGCGUGAGGGUUAUGAUGUCCUCUUAUGGAGGAAGGCUGUUGUGGAAGAGGGUAUCAGGAUCGAUGCUAUCAUUGGUGCCCAUGAUCACUUCCCUGCUUUCUUGAAUCUUCAACACCCCACUAAGCCUGAUAUUAUAACUCCUGUGUGGAAGAUGGGUAUGGAUGCUCAAAUCCUCGGCAAGUUCGUAUUUGACUUUGAUGAUCAACAUCCUAAUGGUAAACUCCGCUUCGCUCAUGCCAUUCCGGUGUUGGAUGGUCAGUGUGAUCAGCACUUCAUCGGUACGGACAAUGAGGAGUGGUGGAACAAUAACGUGAUGCAGACCUGGUCACACUGGGUACAGCCUAUCAAGCCUCUCCAGGAUACUAACAUAAGCAAUUUGUUAUUUGCUGGUUUGUACGACACUGCGGAUAUCCGCUCUGCCGAGUCCCGUGCUGGUAACAUGCUGGCUGAUCUAUUCCUACGUAACAUUUCAGCUCAUUUUGCGGCUCUUUGCGGUGGCACUAUCCGUUAUGGUUUGAGUCAGAACUUCACAGAGCGCCUUCCCCUCACUGCAUUGGAUUUGUUUGAAGAGACUCCUUUCCUCGGUGGUAUGGUCUCCUAUGACAUAUCCUUAAUGGAGGUCUUUGGUUAUAUGAUCUAUUCGGCUCCAAUCGCCAUGGGCGGUCCUAAUGCGCCGCGUCCGGUCACCUCUGGUUUCGAGAUCGAGAUGGAUCCUACCUCUACUCAACAUGGUGGUGUGAAGUUCAUCCGUUUCACUGGUACGAGUCAUAUGGCUGGUAUUGUCAACCGUACCCAGGCUGAAUGUGGUCAUCCGACUUUGAAGUGUGGUGAGAUUAUUUGGAAUGCUGAGGAGGGUUGGAAGGUCGAUCCUUUCACUAUGGUCGUCGUCACUGUUCCUGCGUACAAUGCUAGAUACUCUCCGAACGACGCCCCCACCUUGCGCAGGUCGUACCAUUUGACUCAAAUGUCGGACCUGUGCAGACGUGGUGCUGAUAGCUACGCCAUCGACCUCAAUGGAGAAUCCACAUCCUUCGCUUGCCCCCCUGGCCCCGACUUCUUCAACUACUUGAAUAAGCAGUUGCCCUGGACUGAUUGUGGAUAUGUCGACGGCGGCUCUACCACCACUCCCAGUCCGGUCACCACCACCACAUCAGCUCCUGGUACCCUCACCUUCUGGCAUCAGAUCCUCAUCAGAUUGGCAUCAGUUGCUGAUGCCGACUCUUCGACCUGUUGGGCUCAUCUCGACUCCACUAUUCUCAAGAGGUCUGUUCAUGUCUGGACUGAUGAAGCUGUUACUCCUAAGGAUGCUGAGGUUAUUGAUACCUCCACUCCGAUGGCCGAAGGAUUAGUUGGUGCUGGUCUGCUCCUCCCUAAACCAUGGUAUGUUGGUGGUGAACAUCCUGAGGAUCUAAAGGUCUAUGGCAUUAGCGAUCCCGAUGUUGAGUCUAUGGAGUUCGCUAAUCUUCCGGUUCGUCGUUGGUUAGAGAAGGCAUCUGGUGCUAGCGAGGAUGACCUUGUGCUGACACCUCCCGUUGAGAGUCCUAAGAAGACUGUUGGCCAGUUCUACGGCAUGAAAGUUGAUCCUCGUACCAUUCUCGCUCUACAUCAGUAG